AAAGUGCAUCAGAUCCUUUCUAGCAGCAUACCCAGCAGGACUAUGAUGUUCCGCACCGUGAUCCCUUUGCUCCUGCUCCUGAUCCCGCUCCUGGGAUGGGCAGAAGCGAGGAAUGAAAAUAUCCGGGUUUGCGGACCUUACCUGAUGGAAAUGAUGACGGCGAUGUGCCCCAACGGCUUCAACGGAAUUUAUCAAAAACGAGACUCCAUGAUUUUUGAUUAUGUGAUGGCCGAAGGGGGUGACGAAGGCCAAAAUGGCCGGAUGAACUCACUGACGGGAUUGCAGCGCAUUUACCGGGGUAUUGUGGACGACUGCUGCCUCAAGCCGUGCAGCAAGGCGACGAUGAAGAAAUACUGCAGGGAUUAAAUCCACAAAUUGUUACGCUACUUGUUCUAUGCCCAUUUUAUGAAUACGAUAUAUUAGGUUUUGAUUAUGAUGCACGCCUUUGAAAAAUGCAAAUAAAAUAUAU